UUAUGAUAAUAAUGAUGAACAAUCAAGUGAAGCUUCUUCUAAUUCUAGUCUUUUGCCCCUAAGUAAUUCUUCAGCUCUUUCAGAGCAAGAGCAUGAUGAAUUAUUUGAUACUAGUAAUCUUUAUGAUUAA